AAACCACUGUGAAUGGAUGGAUUUAUACUCAGGCUUCUACCAGGGCAGCUAAAAAUGAGGACUUCGUGUGUAGCUAAAGUGUUGAUUCGUUGCAGUUGCUGUCAGAGCGCAGGAAGAAGCUUGCGUGCAUGAAAGAAACCUACUCUGCAAACAUGGCUGCUAAAAUCCAAAGUUUGACCGAAGAGGAGAGGGCUCACCUUCUCCCACUGCUGCAGAGCGCCCAAUGGGUGGAGGUGGUGGGGCGGGACGCCAUCUACAAAGAGUUUCUUUUUAAAGAUUUCAACCAGGCCUUUGGCUUCAUGUCCAGAGUUGCACUUCAAGCGGAGAAGAUGGACCAUCAUCCCGAGUGGUUCAAUGUUUACAAUAAGGUGCAGAUCACACUGAGCACACACGACUGUGGGGGGCUCUCCCAGCGCGACAUCACUUUGGCCACCUUCAUUGACCAAGCCUCUCUGAUGUAACCAAAAGAUGGAGAACCCCGACAUAAUGUUAAUUUUACUGUUAUCUCUACACUGCGUGCCUAAAAUACCCAGAGUGACAUUCUGCGGUACUUCCAAUUGUGUUGCAUAAUGCUGUGGUGUGUAGUGUCAGU